GUCUUACCGACUUCACUAACGCACUGCUCGAAACCUCAAAAGGUUCCCCCCUCUAUACAUCUGGAACACCUUAAGAUCGCGCUAUGAAUGACUCGCAAAGUAGUCAGACGAUGUUGCGUUACCCCGACCCAGUUCGUGCACCUGCUGUGCCGUACAACGAACAAAGAAGGCACAAUCCCAGACUUUCAGGCUGGUUUCUGGUCAUCUUUGCAAUCGUCAUAGAGAGAGUUGCUUUCAUUCGAAAACUGGUGUGGAACAAUGCAGGUUUUGGCUCUCUUACCAUCAUUCGGGAGCAUAUCGACGAGAUUGAAGCACGAUUCGACCCUACUGUUAUUCCCAUUGGAGUCCCAGACUCUUCCCACCGCGGAGCAGAUGAGCGCAAAAUUAAACUAGAAACCUUCAGCAAUGUGAAGCUGAAUAAUUCUAAAUCUUCUCGUUACUCUGUAGCUAACUACAGGAGUCAAUAUCUUUCCGGAGAUAUUACCCCACUUGCAGUUGCAAAGGUAGUUCUCCCCAUGAUUCAACGAGACACGCAGUUGCCCGGUGAACAUUCAAGAGCAUGGAUCGAUGUAAACGCGGACUUGGUACUAGAAGCUGCAAAAAGAUCUACUUUGCGGUACCAAGAAAAGAGAUCGCUCGGGCCUCUGGACGGCAUCUUAGUAGCUAUCAAAGACGAAUACGAUGUCGAAGGAUAUGCUACUACCCUAGGGUCCGCGAAAGAAAGCGUGGAUGGAAAGAAAGAUGUGAAAAGGGUCGAUAGCUGGUGUGUUGAAAAGCUUAAAGAGGCUGGGGCGAUAGUGUUGGGCAAAGUAUCAAUGGUUGAAUAUGGCAUGGACACUUCCGGUAACAACAUCACUUAUGGAACACCGCUCAACCCGUACAAUCCGGCGUAUUAUUGCGGCGGUAGCUCUUCCGGAUCAGCGUAUGCUGUUUCUACUGGUUUGGUGCCGAUUGCGAUGGGAAGCGAUGCUGGUGGAAGCGUUCGAAUACCCUCAUCGUUCUGUUCUGUCUACGGUCUGAAGCCAAGCCACAAUCGCCUGUCAUUCAGGCCGAAUCCGAAUCACAGUAGCACGUGUGCUGUUAAAGGCCCAAUCGCAGCAGAUAUGAGCUCGUUGUCCGCCGUGUACGAUGUGGUCUCCCAGCCGCAUCCGAAUUCACCUUUCGAGCUUUCCACAGAGGCAUCUCAAACAAUGGGUCACAAUUCAGACAAGCCCAGAGUGAUGGGAAUUCCUAAAAGAUGGUUUCAGCAUGCUUCCCCGGGCAUUCAGCAACUUUGCCGCAGUAUGAUCGAUCGCCUUUGCGCCAACGGAAAUUACACAACCGUUAACAUCGACAUUCCGUUUGUCGUUGAGGGGCGAAUUGCACAUGCUUUAACAAUGCUUACAGAUGCAGCAACGGUUUUGCCGGAUACCCAAGGAAUCUCCCCAGCAAUUCGCAUCUUACUCGCUUUGGGGCGGACAACGCCGUCUACUGACUAUCUUCUCGCCCAGAAGCUACGAAAUGCUCUCAUGCAACAUCUUGCCUGGUUAUGGAAGAAGCACCCCGGAAUGAUCAUUGUAACUCCUACUACAGCAUGCGUCGGCUGGCCAAUUCAAUCGGCUUCUGAGCUUACGUACGGGAUUAGUGAUGGAGAUCGAACACAAGAGACUAUGGAGUAUAUAUGGCUUGCGAACUUCUGUGGAGCCCCAAGUAUCAGCGUACCUGCCGGCUAUGCUGUUCCCGAAGGAAAAUCUGAUAUGGGCAUUUCGAGAAAGAUCCCGGUUGGUUUGAUGGCAACCGGUGAAUGGGCAAGUGAAGACGCCCUCGUGUGUUUUGGCUCAGACGUGGAGGAUCUCGUGGUCAAAACACAACGUCUGCCACCAACGUGGGUAGAUGUUAUCAAGCUGGCAAAACAACACACUGAGGAAGACGAAGCAGGCCAGAAAACAGCGAGCUAGUUGCUCUACAAAGGAUCGGGCAAACAUUCAAUCAAUCAGCGUAGCUCAUCCUGAGGAAAAGAUUCUCUAGACACAAAUACGUCAUCUGUUGACCAUAUUUAUCUGCACAACUUUCGUUCUUCUACAAAAUAGUAUCGCUGCAAUAAUAGUGUGGCUACAGGAGAUUGCAAACUGGCAUUGGUAGUCUUAUCAGAUCUGGAGUGCAGACACGAGUUUUCAUUGGCCUGGG